AAUUAGAAGCUAACUCAAAUCUAACCACGGUCAACUGGGGCUCUCUAGUCUCUACCCUUGAAACCCCACACAAAUAUCUCUCUUCACUCCUUUCUUUCCCAACCCUUUUUUUUCGGUGAUUUGAUUUGGUCAAAUGGCAUCUGAGGUGGCGGCUGCAAUACCAGAACUCCCGGCCGAGGCGCCGCCCGCGGCGGAGAAGCAGCCACACAAGCUCGAGAGGAAGUGGACAUUUUGGUUCGACAACCAAUCCAAGCCCAAGCAGGGCGGCGCCGCCUGGGGCUCUUCUCUUCGCAAGGGAUAUACUUUCGACACCGUCGAAGAAUUCUGGUGUUUAUAUGAUCAGAUAUUUAGACCCAGCAAGUUCCCUGCAAAUGCUGAUUUUCACUUAUUCAAAGCUGGAGUGGAGCCAAAAUGGGAAGACCCCGAGUGUGCUAAUGGGGGCAAGUGGACUGUGACUAGCAACAAAAAGUCUGAUCUGGACAACAUGUGGUUGCAAACUUUAAUGGCUCUAAUUGGAGAGCAGUUUGAUGAUGCCGAUGAGAUAUGUGGAGUGGUUGCCAGUGUGCGCCAAAAACAAGAUAAACUCUCAUUAUGGACCAAGACUGCAGCCAAUGAAGCAGCUCAGAUGGGCAUUGGACGGAAGUGGAAGGAGGUGAUUGAUAUCACUGACAAGAUCUCCUAUGGCUUUCAUGUACGUAUUAUCGCUCUUUCUAUGUAUUGUACACUUGGAUACCUCCUUUUCUUAAUGUUUUAGUAUUUUGUGGGUGACUACAGGAUGAUUCGAGAAGAGAAAGUAGAGCGCCAAGAAGUCGAUAUCAAGUGUGAAGCAAGAGCCUAUAAUGUUGUCGAAGCAUGCUUCUGAUUGAGUUCCCAAACCUAUCUUCUCUUCCGAGUGAAUUACUGGUGUUUUGUCUCUCAGUCUAUCUGUUAUAUUUUGAAUUGAUAUAUGCCUUAUUGAAUCAUAUUACCUGUGAAAUCUCAUUCUACAUGUCUUGUCUUUUUAUCAGAAGAUUGUUGUAAAACUUUUUUCUAUAAGUUUUGAAUAUUAGCAAAAUGUAAGAGCUCAUUCAUCUA